UAGUGUGGAACAUCUUCCUGAACGAAAUACCUAAGAGGGCAAAAAUGUGAUCAACUGUCUUUUACUAAUUCGACCCGUUGAAUGUGAAAGCUCUUCAUGAAGUUUAGACUCACCUUCAUUUAAGAUAUCCUGUAUAUUUUGAUGGCUGAUGUUAAAGAGAAAAUCAACUCUUCAAGUGACAGUGAGACCUGCAUUGAUGAAAUUAAAGCUGAAGAUUAUAAUUUUUAUGUGCUGAAUGACAUAUUGUCUCGGAACAUCAUUCUGCAGAAUUACCUGAAUGAAGAGGGAACAGUGAAUGCAUUGCAGGAAAGCUUUAUGAACUUUACAGCACCCAGUGACUCAUGUGAAAUUCUGUCUGAUUCCAAGCAGGUGAAGAGUGGCAUUUCCUUGACAUCAACAUUACCACCAGAUCUUGAGGACAAAUCCAUCAAAAAUGAAUUUCAGGGCCAGUCUCAAAGAGUUUCACUAAAGGAUACGUUUUUGGAAGAUGUUCUAAGCACCAGUACAAAAUCUUUUAUUGAAAGAGUUUCCAGGAGUCACAUCAAUAAAAAAAAACUGAAGAAGACACUUUCCCAUUGUGUGUCCAAUGGUGAUAGAUCUGCAAAUUCAAAUGGCUCCCCCUCAGGAGUACCAUGUAGUCCAGCUGUAUCAAUGGACACUGACUUAAAAAAUAGUGCCUCAUCAACAGUUCAGGUAUUGAAUGAGAGUUACACAAAUACAUCUCCAUCCUCUGUCACUCUUGGAACCAGAACUUGCUCUGAGGAAGAGAAAAAAGACAUUGUCAAUUUAAUUGGUACAAAUGAGUCUAAAGCUUUGCCACAAAAGAGGAAGGAGAAGAGCUACAGCAAAAACAGUGCAUAUAGUGUUCAAAAGAAAGUUAAGAUGUUUCCUGUUUAUAGUGACUCUAGCUCACAAAAUGUAAUUAAAAGUGGUUGUAGCCAGGAACUAAAUAGUACUACAAUUGUAAGUACCACUACAAUCAGAGAUGAAAAGAAAUCAAUUGGCACCAUUGCUGUACAUCAAACAGAUGAUAAAAAUCAACAGACAAUAGAGAAUCUGAGAGAAAACAGUCUGGAUGAGGCCCAAACUUUGAUAUCUAAUAAGUCAAGUAGUAGUAACUAUGCAGUGAUUUCAGAUUUACCUUCUGAUGAUUUCGAGUGGUCUAUGGAAAAUUUGGAGUUAUUUGGGCUCGCAUUGCCAGAAGACAGUAAUGUGGACAGUUUGACAGAUAAGACUGAGAGCAGUAACACCAGUUUUUCUUGUUUUGACACUUGCCCCUAUGGUUGUAGAGAUCUCAUGUCAAGUGAACACUUGUAUCAUCUUCAUUUAGCUGCCCUGAAACUUAGUCAAAAGCAGGCACAUACCUCUGAAAUUUUUCAAGAACCCACAAAAUGUAAAAAUGAGGUGUUGUGCCAUAUUAAAAGUAAUGUUUCAAUAGAGUGCAAAGGAAAGAGUAGGAGUCAUGGGUAUCAACAAAAUGAGAAUGCACAGGAGAAAAAUAUUAAAAUCCGUUCUGAUAUCAUUGGAAGUAAGUCUACUGAUGUAGUGGUUGACAACACAGACUCAAAUAACAGUUCAAGUAAAGUAAUUUUGAAUGGUAUCAGAAGAGAGACAAUUUUAAAGGACAAUAUAAAGCUAUGUGGUCAGGUAACAUGUCAGUUAUGUGAAAAAUCUGAGCAUCAUAUGCAUGGAAAGCCACCUGCCCCAGUACACUGUGUAACAAAUCCUGGUAAUAAAACUGGUGUACCACUGUCCAUAAGCUGUUCGAACAUAGCACUUUCUAGUACAUCUGUUACUCAAGGACUAAACAACAGUACCAUGGCAUCACAUAAGACAGCCCUGUCAAACAACUCAUUUAAUAUUUCUCUUGCUCCAGCAUCAAGUCACUUUUACAAACCAAGUGCUAUUUAUGGAUUUGGCAACUUGACUAAUGAAAAUUACAUUCAACUGGAACCGUUUACAAUGCCAAAUGGUUCAGUGUGGUUUGGAAAACAGGCACAGCCACUAAACAGACCUUUUGGUACAACAAAUGUAUCCCCCCAUGUGAUGAAUUCCCCGUGGUAUCAACAGUGGUUUCAUGCAAUGAGCAUGAGGAGACCUUUGGCCUCGCAAGUUUCAUCGACACCAUGCAAUUACUAUGAGCCCCUCAAGAUGAAUCACUACAGGAAAACAUUGUGGGGAACACCAAAUGUUGGACAACAGAGAAUGUUUCAAAGAACUAGCAGCACAAUGGGCUCACUUCCAAGAAUGUUCCAGACACCUUUCCUGCAUUCCUGUUUUCCAGCGACCAUUUCAUGUGGUGAUUAUCAUACUGACGCUCAUGUUCAGUACACAGGGCAGGAGGCAGAGAAAGUUGCAGCUCCACUCAGCUCAGUCUCUAUGGAAACUAACCAAGAAAGCAAUUUUGAGGAACCUGCAAAAAGCUGAAAAUGGUUGCCAUAUGAUCUUGUCAGAUGAAAAUCAGUGAAAUGUUUGUAUAACUCUUGGACAGCUUCCACACUUAAAUCAAAAUCAGUUUUUAUUUGUGUUUGUGACAGUGGUUUCCUUGCACAUGAAUUUAUACCAGAUUUGUGCAACUUCUUACAGCUUUUCAAAAUAACAGAUCUGAUUAGCAACUUUUAAGUUUCAUCUGACUUAAAAUAGAAUGUUACAUUCUGUUUUUACAUAAAUAACUUGACAGAAAAGUGUUGACCUGAAUUAGGUAGCAGCUUCUAGAAUUUUUAGUUUAUAAAAAGGUAGUUUGACUUUUGGGCAUUAAAAAAAGUAUUUAUAUUUAAAUCAUAGAAAAUAAAAGUAAUGUAAAAUAGCAUAUACUAAAUUUAAAGAAUAUCAAGUAAUAAUUUAAACCAAAAUCAUGUUGUAACUCAGCCAAUGCACAAAAACAUAGCAGUGUUUACAUUUUCCUCUGAACAUAAAUAUUUCUAUUUCUUGUAAUAUGAUUGUCAGUGUUUCAACCCUUUUCUAACAGAUCUAAUCAUUUUCAUGUUCUUAAAAUUGUAUCCAAAAUUAUAUAUAGUAUUAGAAAUUGUGUUCAAUUCUCACUUCUGUUUAAAGAAGAAGAAGAAGUAUAGUAAGUGUAUUCUUGAAGUGACAAUAGCAUAAAACUAUUAUGUGAUAGUAAUUAAUGUUAGAGAUUAAAGUAAUGGUAUUAAAAUCUGUGUUUACAUCAUGGGUUGUGGGAUGGGAGGAUAAGAAAAGAUGAUAUAAAAUUGAUGCAGGCACGUUGUUACAUUUAAACUAGUUUAGGUAAUAAUCUUGUCAUUAUCAUUAAGCUUUUAUUCUAAAAAAAAGGUAUAUCAAUGGAAUACACAGUGUAAUUAAGUUAAUUUUAAAUUUUCUCCUCCUCCUUGCCAUUAUAGUUCAGUUCUUUCAUCUUGGCGGUUCGCGCAUG